GAUAAAAGUCCGCUCCUCUCCGGGGUUUGCUUUUAUCGUGUGGCCCUGGCGCAGUCCUCACCGACUUUCCCAUCCGGCGCUCGAUAGCAUCUUCGGCCAUGGCCUCUCCGCGGCCUCCUCAGGUGAAGCCCCUCGACCUGGAGAUCACAGUGGUCUCUGCGAAGCACCUCAAGAACGUGAACUGGCGUCACGGCGAUCUCAAGCCCUACGCCGUCGCCUACCUCGACCCCGACAGACGCGCCGCCACCAAGCCCGACGACGCCGGCAACACCCGCCCCGUCUGGAACGAGCGCCUCUCCCUUCCCCUCCCUCUCUCCCUCAUUGAUCCCCCGCUCUUCCUCACCCUCGACAUCUUCCACUCCAAACCCUCCGAGACCCCCAAGCCCCUCGUCGGCACCGCCCACUGCUCCGUCAAGGACCUCCUCGGCUCCGAUGCGUUCGCCGUCGCCGCAUCUGGCGUCGCCCUCGACGGAUCCCCCCUGCCUAUCAAAACCCUAGAACUCCGCCGUCCCUCUGGCCGCCCCCAGGGCAAGAUCCGGAUUAAGCUCGCGAUCCGGGAGCGCCCCUGCCCACCGCCGGGCCCCGCUUACCAAUUCGCCCCUCCCUCCGGCUAUUACUACUCCACCGCUCCUCCACCUUCGGCCCGAGACUACCGCGCCUAUUCCCCACCGCCUCCUUACAGCCACCCCAUGCCAUCCCAGCCGUCGCCGUACCCAUACGGGAACUACUCCGAUCCCUACUCUGGGUACUAUUCCUCCACUGCUGGGUAUUACUCCGCCCCUCCUGCCCCAGCCCCGGCCCGGCCGUACUAUGAUCGAGCAUCGGUGUACGGUGGCCCGUCGGCGCCUGUUGACUACUCAUCCGCCCCUUCUUCUUACGAGCAGAAGGCGAAGGGGGGCAGAUUGGGAAUGGGGGCCGGCCUGGCAGUUGGGGCGGUGGCCGGGGCACUGGGAGGGCUGGCGUUGGAAGAAGGGCUCAAGUAUGAGGAGGAGAAGAUUGCGGAGAGGGUGGAGAGCGAUCUCGCCACGAGGGAUGAUUACAGCGACUAUCGGGCCGACUACUAACGAGGCAGAUUGUCCUGAAAUUUGCUUGCCUUAAGGUUUCUGGAUUCAUAUGAAGGCAAGCUACCAAUAAGUUGGCCUUUAAACGAGCCUUCAGCAGGUCAUUCUAUGUUAUUGUUGACAUUUUUUGGCAUUAGUUGCUGAUUCAUAGGUGCGCCUACUAGAUGAAGCCUUGAAGAUAGACUUCCAUGUAUAAGGGGUUAAUAUGUUCAGUUUUGACAAAGCAAGGGCUAUGGAUGGACCUUAUAGGUCUUGCUAGAUAUUUUAAAAGUUUUAUUUAGUUUGGGUCAGAUUUGGCCAUAAUAUGUAUAUUUUCUUUAUAGACAGACUCUUAUAUGAAGCUUUUGAAAAUUUAGUGACAAGUUGAUAAGAUAA